GAGAGAACCAGAGGCAGACCUUUAGCAAGCACACUUCACUCUGGAACAAAGCUACUGGGGCUUCUCUUCUGAUGUUUGCCAUGGAUGAUGGGCAUCAAGAGAAAGAUCUGGACGAUGACGUCUACGGGGGAGAUCCCUGGCUCUUCAACAACUCCAGUGGUAACAGCCAGGAACACAAACGCUUCCUAAAGUUCAAGGAGGUUUUUCUGCCCUGCAUGUAUCUGGUAGUGUUUGUCCUUGGACUGCUAGGGAACUCCCUGGUUCUGAUUAUAUACAUUUUCUACCAGAGGCUGAGGAGUCUGACAGACGUGUUCCUGCUGAACUUGCCCCUGGCUGACCUGGUGUUUGUCUGUACUCUGCCCUUUUGGGCCUACGCAGGCACCUAUGAGUGGGUCUUUGGCACAGCCAUGUGCAAAACUCUUCGAAGCAUGUAUGCAAUGAACUUCUACGUGUCCAUGCUCACUCUCACCUGCAUCACGGUGGAUCGUUUCGUUGUAGUGGUCCAGGCUACCAAGGCCUUCAACAGGCAGGCUAAGUGGAAGAUCUGGGGCCAAGUCACUUGCUUGCUCAUCUGGGUAGUCUCCCUGCUGGUUUCUUUGCCACAGAUCAUCUACAGCAGAGUUGGACAUAUUGACAGGCUUAUCUGUCAGUUCCACAACGAGGCGAUAUCGACUGUGGUUCUUGUUCUACAGAUGACUCUGGGGUUCUUCCUGCCAUUGCUCACUAUGAUUCUGUGCUACUCAGGCAUUAUCAAGACCUUGCUUCACGCUCGAAACUUCCAGAAGCACAAAUCUCUAAAGAUCAUCUUCCUUGUAGUGGCUACGUUCCUGCUGACCCAGACACCCUUCAACAUUGCCAUGUUAAUCCAGUGGAUAAGUUGGGAAUACAGUACCAUAACCAGCUUUCAGUAUGUCGUCUUAGUGACAGAGGCGAUAGCAUACCUUCGGGCCUGCCUUAACCCUGUACUCUAUGCCUUUGUUGGCUUAAAGUUCCGGAAGAACCUCUGGAAACUUAUGAAGGACAUCAGCUGCCUCUCUCGUCUGGGAGUCUCAAGUCAGUGGAAGUCUUCUGAGGACAAUUCCAAGACUUGUUCUGCCUCCCACAAUGCAGAGACCACCAGUAUGUUCCAAUUGUAAUAUGACUUGCCACACUUGGAGAAGCUAAUAUCAGAAUUCUUAGGAGCAUGGCUAUAUCCUUUGGACACAACAAAAAAAGUUUUGCUUAUAGCAUGUGGAGUAUUAUGUAGAAGUCACUGAACACUGUGGCUGGUAUACAAAGCUUCUCAGAUAUAAAUAUAACUUGUUCUUAAUAUCUAAGCCUAAUGCUCAAAGGAGAAUGUCUCGAGAUUUUGAAGCACUUUCUCUCUUUCAUCCCUAAGACUCAGGUUCUCUUUUACCAAGUUUGAGGCUAAAAGUUGAAGCAGAGCUGCAUCAACAAAGAUGUUGACAGCAGGUGAUGAUGUGCAGGGCUCCAGAGCUCAGAAGAGUCUUAAUGGGCAAGCAGUUGAGAGUUGAGAAGCCCCCCACACAAAUACUGCUCCAAUGAGACUAAGCUCUGACUCAUCCACGGGUCUGUCUGACUUUUGUAUGGGUGGAUGCUUAUGUUUUAUUGGAAUUGUCUUGGGAAGAGCAGCAAUAAGGGGCUGAAAAUAGACCAGAAUAAAUUAGCUAAAUUUCAGUGGUCCAUGUAAUGCUAGCAAAAUGUAUAAAACAGAGCUUAAGACCAUAACAAAGAGAACUCUGGUGGCUUUGCUCAUCUGAAAAGAAAAAUAAAAAAGGAAUUUUCCCAUGCCUGUGAGACAUAAUAUGUACAUACAAGUAUAUCAAGUAUUUUAAGUAUCAUGGCUAAGAAAUAAAGCCUUUUAAAAGUUUUCAAA